GGAGGAGUAGGAGGUGGCGGCGGCAGCGGAGGCGGCUACGGGAGCGGACCGCAGGAGCGCGUGCACCAGGCCCCGCGGCCGAGCCAGCCCGAUAAGUGUCCCUAUGAGACCUACCAGGCGCAGAUCCCGGACUGCUGCGCGGCCGCGGUGGCGGCGCAGGACCCGUACCCUCGGCCGCCCAGCGGCUACGACGGCAGGUGUUACGACGAGUGCCAUCGCAGGACGCCCUACCACGAGGAGCCCUACACUCAGGAUGUAUCCUCGACCUUCCACCGGCCCCAAUCUAGACUGGGCUACGAGGAGCGUCCUCAGUCCCGAGUGGGAUACGCGUCGGAUUCCAGGUGCGCCAGUGGCCUCGGCUACGACGACACCGGCGGGGGUUACCUGGAGCAGAGCGACCCGAGGAUGUAUUGCACCGGCGGCUAUUGCAUGGGGGACACGAUGAUGGCGACGAGCAGAGGCGUGUGCGGCGAGGAGGUCGAGAUGGACAUGCGGAGGCACAUUCAGGCCUGCGCCUGCACAUGCAACCACAUGGGCUAUGGGAAUUACAUGGACUAUCAGACCACGUGCCUAACAGAACUGCCAGACGUGGCGCCGUGCAACGGCACCGUGCGACUACCGCCGCCGUGCGAGGACUCGCCUAGCAGCGGCAGCAGCAAGGAUCGCAGAGACGAGAGUCCUCGCAGGAGGUGUCGACUGUUGGCGCCUGUCUUGCUCCUAGUAGCCGCCCUGCUUCUUGGAGGCCUCUGUCUGCCGUUGCUUCUUCAAUCCGCGCCUGCCACGCACCAGCAGAGGCUGGACGUGAUCAGGAGGAUCCUCACUGAAGUGCCUCUGAUCGACGGGCACAACGAUUUGCCCUGGAACGUCAGAAAGUUCGUACACAAUCAACUUGGCGAGGUGAACCUGAGCAGCGACCUCGGCAGGGUCGACCCUUGGGCCAGAUCAGACUGGAGUCACACGGACAUCCCUAGAUUACGCGCUGGUCUCGUCGGUGCACAGUUUUGGUCCGCCUACGUUCCUUGCGGCGCCGCUCAGUUAAACGCAGUUCAACUCUCGCUGGAACAAAUCGACGUGAUUCGUCGACUCGCCGAAAUGAAUGCUCAACACUUAACCCUGGUUACCUCCGUCAAAGGUCUCAUCGAGGCGCAUAGAGAAGGUAAAAUCGCGAGUCUAAUCGGAGUGGAGGGCGGUCACUCCCUAGGAAAUUCUCUGGGUGUCCUCAGAACGUUUUAUGGCCUGGGAGCGCGAUAUCUCACCCUGACACACGCGUGCGACACCUCCUGGGCAGUCUGUUCUGUUGGCGAGACGAACAACACUCAGGACUCGACGCCGGGCCUCAGCGAAUUUGGAAAAGCAGUCGUCAGGGAAUUGAACAGGCUGGGCAUGUUGGUCGACCUCUCGCAUGUCUCGACGAGAACGAUGAGGGCGGCCCUGCAGACGACGAGGGCGCCGGUGAUUUUCUCGCACAGCGCUGCCAGAGCGCUCUGCAACUCCACCAGAAACGUGCCGGACGAUGUGCUCAGAAAUCUGGCUAAGAAUGGCGGAGUGGCGAUGGUCCCUUUUUAUACCUACUUCAUAACGUGCAACAGCACCGCUACCAUAAAAGACGUUAUUGCACACAUCAAUCACAUUCGAAAGGUGGCGGGGAUCGAUCACGUCGGGAUCGGAGCGGGUUUCGACGGAAUAAAUUUCACCCCCACCGGCUUGGAGGAUGUCUCGAGAUACCCGCAACUAUUGGCUACCCUAUUGGAAGAUCCUUCCUGGACGGAGGAGGACAUCAAGAAAUUGGCCGGCCUUAACUUGCUGAGGGUAUUCGCGAAAGUCGAGCAGGUACGCGACGAGUGGCACAGAGCAGCGGUGCUGCCCGUGGAGAAGAUCAGUCCGCCGGAUAACUCGGCCUGCGUCUACGGGGCGUCCUGAUCCUCUUUGAGGACACUCACGCCGGGAUUUCUCGACUUUGCGCGAUCGUCGAAGAUCCUGCGGGUGCCGCGGUAUUACGGCAGCCAGUGAGCACGCGUGGCCCGAAUCACCAAAGGAUCUUUCCGGGAGAACAAGAAAGAAAGGGAGAAAACGGCUCCACACAUCGGACAUCGCAAUCGGGCAACGGCCGAGCGAAACUCACACCGAAAGAAACUGCCGACUACUUCAGGGACUCCGUCGCGCCUUAACAAGUGACGAAGAUUUAGCGCGGGAAUGCGACCGGUCCUUCGAAAUUAAUGGCGUCGAGGAUCCUUCGGAGACACCUUUGGGACGAGUCGCUUGGAAGAAUCUCAAGACCAACACCCCGCGCUCGCGACCAUAAAUCGCGGUCACGAUCAAGAUGUUACGUUUGAGAGAUAAUUACCCGCCCGCUGUAUGAGAGCGCGCGCCGCUUCAUUUCGUAAUAUCGGCCAUGAAUUUAGCAGUCUCACAAUAUUAACGAAAGAUUAAUGACUGUUCCCUCAGCUCUUUCCACGCUUGCGAAUUAUUCGGCAUGAUUUUGCGAUCGUUUGUCAGGCGUUUCCGUCCAGACUUUAAACUUUACUUCGCGCAUCCGGACACACGUGUGAGCAUUAUUUCGGGUUACAAACGAUACAUUGAGGCGUAAGAUAUGCUUCGGACUCGCCAAGCUGUACGCUAUACAACUUGUGUAAUGUGAGCGAUAAUCGCGAGACACGAAAGUUCAGCGAUAUACAAGCCGCGCGUAAUUCCCGCUUUGAGACGCAAUUAUUCAACCAGCCGUAUUAAUCCACGAAAGUGCAUUACGUCCUCAGCUUGUUGUCCAACUUAUUUCGCUGAUCGCAAAGACCGGAUCGGAAGGAUCCUCGAGAGAGCCUCCUCUCUCGAAAGAGGUGAAGAGACUCAUAAACUGCUAGCGCACAUUUAGUACCAACUAUGGCCGCCUGAUUCUCAUAUCACGUUCUUACAUCGACGUAAUCUUCGUGUUAGACUAAUCAAAUCCGGAAGCGGGCAGCCACGCUUAGCGUUAAAUGUGCAGGAAUUGUACGGACAGAUUGUACGAGCGUACGACCGUACGAGAUCAAUCCUAUGAAACCUGUGACGUGUGUUCGAGACAAAGGGCCGAAACGCACGCUCGAAAAUGCAGGACUAUUGUCACAUCUCAGGCGUUACGCGAUUAAAUCGUUCUUUAUAUUUUCGACCAGUGAGGAAAGGAAGAACGUGAUCACGAUGUCAGUGUCAUACACCAGCCGAACAGAUAAAUUGUACUUUUUAUAAUUUUUAGACGAAUUAACGAUAGCACCGUGCAUCACAAUGAUCCCGGAUCCCGAGAAACGUUUGGAUUCAUUCCCACGUCAGACGAGAAAUUGCAAUUCUACACAUUGCGUGAAAGAUUGACAGACGUUUGUAUGUUUGCCUGCGUUCCUCGUCGAAGCAACUUAUUAUCUCUGACCGCGCUCACGCGUAAGGUACUUCCUCUUUUCGAACGCGGAGUCAUAUCUCUGGAAAAAACCUUUCGGUGGAGCUCGCACUUUUUCAUUUUUCGGUGUCGAUCUGCUCGCGGAUACUCGUAAGAGCGAGGUAUACAGAGUUUUUCUCAACUGUUCGACAAACUUAUGGCUAUGAAUUCUUUCAUUGUUUCGUGGCUGAAUUCCUCCAAGCGAAAAUAUCAUCGAAUAUCAAAUUCGUUUAUACUUUCGUAAUCUUCCCGCAACAUUAAAUGUGACGUAACUUUUAGUGACUCGUUUAUACCCUUCAAAGAUAACAUACGGAAGAUUGUUCAUAUCUCAUAACCACAAUAGGAAGGUUAUUAAUAUUUCGACAAUAUAUACACUUAAGAAAGAAUGAUUCCGUACUCUUCAAUGAAUCCGCAGCGGUGUUUGUCAGCGUAGUUUUGAAACGCCCUGUAUAUAAACGUCGAGUCGGAUAAGUGCGCUUAUGAUGUGUGAGUUUAAAGAAGUCACUAAUAAGAAGAUUGAGAGAGAAACAGUGCUAGAAAGAUGCGAAAUUUCUGGUACGACUUGCUGAUGCCUCGAAAAUAGCUCCCACAUGUCAAUAAAUAGAACAGAAGGCAAAUCUCGCUUUAUGACUAGCUUCUGUAAUCGUUACCAACGCAACGAAUCGAUCUUGUCUUUCGAAUAUCGACGCUACUUCCUAUGACAGACAAACAGAAAAACAAGAAAAAAGGAAAAAAUAAAAUAAAAUAUAAAAGAAAGGAUUAACAUCGUUUCGCACAAUAUGCACGCUUCUGAUAGAUAAACACUUUGCGCUUUCGACUGAAUCCGAUUGUUGAAGAAUAUCGGCCAUUCCUUGGAAAUCAACUCGACACGCGGCGUUUGCAGCGCGCAUGCAAAUUGUCCGCUGCCGCUGGAUUACGUUCUUCACGCGUGUGCAUGCGUAACGCGCGCGUACGAGUCGACUCGUUGCCGAUGUUGAAACACUGCCAACAACAAGCCACGCUUACGCAUACCUGCUGGACUCUCUACGAAGAUCUUGGCUCACACACCUGCGACACCCGCGCGUUCAUACGGAAAAAAGAAAAAAAAAAAAAAGAAUGUUAGCAGAGAAUCUAAGCAACAAAUCUCCCAUUGAUAAACCGACGAUUGUG